AUGCCAGCAGCGCACGAAAGGCGGCGACAGGUGAGCCCCAUAUCGGCGAUUGCCUCAUACCUUCGCUCGGUCUUCUCGUGGAGGCGACGAUCCCGCGGCCGACCCUUCCCACCAGGCCCUCCAGGAUUACCUUUUAUUGGAAACCUACUCGAUAUGCCAAUGGUUCGGCCAUGGGAGGGUCUGCGAGAGCUAUGCCACAAGUAUGGCGACAUUUUAGGCAUGACGAUAAUGGGCAGUCCGGUGGUGGUCCUCAACUCCGCCAACGAUAUCUCCCAGUAUCUAGACGGCCACUCGGCCACCACGUCAAGUAGGCCACGCUCGGCAAGCCAGGAGCUUCUCGACUUGACCGGACUAUUCGCGUUCAUGCCGUACGGGCCCGAGUGGAGGCUGCAUCGACGCACGAUGUGGCAGUACUUCACCCCCACUGCAGUCACGAAGUACAUCCCCGCAAUACAGACGUCGUCGCGUAUAACCCUCCACAAGCUUCUUGAGGCUCCGGACCGGUUCGAAGAACACUUCCAAGAUUCGGUCGGCGCGACGCUGAUGAAGGUCGUAUACGGCCUUGACGCCAAAUACGAAAACGACGAGAGUCUCAUGACGAUCGACAAAGGGCUCGAAUCGGGCCGCGAGUCCCUCGUCCCGGGAAGAUUCCUCGUGGACGUCAUCCCCAUCCUCCGUUUCCUGCCCCCCUUCUUCCCUUCUCAAAAGCGCUUUUACGACUCCGCGAGCAGACGGCCCGCAUGCGAUAGGGUGGCGAGAGGUGUCACUGCAGUCACCUUUGCGGGUCCGGGAUCAGACACAACUUGCGCGGUCCUUAAGACAUUCGUCCUUGCAAUGUCUCUCAACCCCGACGUCCUCAAACGCGCCCAGGCCGAGACAGAUGCGGCCGUUGGGCCCACGCGCCUCCCAGACCUCGCGGAUCGUGACGCUUUGCCGUACGUGAACGCGAUGUACCUUGAAACCCUCCGCUGGAUGCAGGUGGUUCCACUGGGCCUCGCCCACAACACAACCGAAGACGAGCAGUUCGGUGACUAUUUGGCAUGCAUGCACGACCCAAACACGUACCACGAGCCGGCGUCCUUCGUCCCAGAGAGGUUCCUGCGCGACGGAAAGCUAGAUCCCGAAGUCAGGAACCCGACCGACUUCGUGUUCGGUUUCGGAAGACGCAUCUGCCCCGGGAGACACUACGCCGAGAGUGACAUCUUCCUCACCAUGGCGCACAUCAUCCACGUCUUCGACAUCCGCCCGCCCGUGGACGAGGACGGGCGCGAGGUCGCGAUCGAGCCGAAGAUGGUCAACGGCUUCGUUUCGUGGCCGGAGGACUGCCGGUGCAGGAUCACGCCGCGGACGCCCCACGCCGCCGCACUGAUCGUGGACGAGUUCGCGCAGCGGAUCAAUCAAGGCUGA